AUGUGGAAAAAUGGCGUUGAUCCAGGGCAACCCAUUUUCUUGACGCCUUACUUGGAACAUGGAUACAUAGAGCAAGCCAGAGAGGUCAGUAAAUUAGACAGUUUAAGAGGAAUACCUCUGACAAGCUAUGCUGGUUUCCUUACCGUCAAUAAACAAUCCAAUAGUAAUAUGUAUUUCUGGUUCUUUCCUGCACAGGAAAAUCCUUCCGAGGCACCAGUAUUAUUAUGGUUACAGGGUGGACCUGGAAGCUCCUCGUUAUUUGGAUUAUUUGUUGAAAAUGGUCCAUAUACAGUGUUAGAAGAUGGUACAUUGACAUUGAAGAAUAUAACAUGGAACAAGAAAUAUUCAAUGUUAUAUAUAGAUAAUCCAGUAGGGACUGGAUUUAGUUUUACUCAGAAUGAUGAGGGAUAUGCUAGAACUGAAACUGAUGUUGCAGCCAAUCUAUAUAAUGCUCUGACCCAGUUCUUUCAAAUAUUUACAGAUUAUCAGAAAAAUGAUUUUUACGUUACUGGUGAGUCUUACGGUGGGAAAUAUGUUCCUGCCAUAUCAUACGCCAUUCAUACUAACAAUCCAAAAGCUCAAACUAAAAUAAAUUUCAAAGGAAUGGCAAUAGGAGAUGGCUUAUGUGAUCCAGAAACAAUGAUGGAUAAAUAUGCUUCAUAUAUGUACAGUAUUGGUACUUUGGAUGAAAAUCAGAGAGAUUACUUUCAACAACAGACAGAUACAGUGGUCAACUUGAUUAAAGACAAGGAUUACACUGCAGCGUUUCAAGUGUUCGACCAGCUUCUACUGGGUGGUGGUUAUUACCAAAAUGUAUCAGGAAGUACAGAUUAUUAUAAUUUUCUCAGAUGGCAGUCACCAGAAGCAAUGGGAUACUAUGUCCAGUUAUUGGCUGAUCCUGCAGUAAGAAAGGCAAUUCAUGUUGGUAAUUUAACGUACAAUGAUGGUCGAAAGGUGCAAGAAUACCUCACAAAUGACUUCAUGCAGUCUGUAAAACCAUGGAUAGCUGUGCUGAUGGAUAACUAUAAGGUUAUGAUAUAUAAUGGUCAACUAGAUAUUAUUAUAGCUGUACCGUUAACAGAAUCCUGGUUACAAACUGUACCAUGGUCUGGUCUAGAUGAUUAUAAGAAGGCUCCACGUGGCAUAUGGAAAGUAAAUGAUGAUAUUGCUGGUUAUUAUAGACAAGUUAAAAAUUUCUACCAGAUCAUUGUAUUAGGAUCCGGGCAUAUACUACCAUACGAUCAACCUGCACGAGGAUUUGAUAUGAUUCAGCGAUUUGUUGACAGCAGUGGGUUUUCUUAA